AUGGCGCUGACCAGGUGCAGCUGGCUCUUCCUCAGCGCCACUUUCCUGAGCGCGGGGGCCGACUUCACGAUCACCCCCGAGCCUGCCCAGCCAGCCGAGGGGGACAACGUCACACUGGCCGUGCGCGGGCUGACGGGGGAGCUGCUGGCCUACAGCUGGUACGCGGGGCCCACGCUCAGCCUGACCUACCUGGUGGCCAGCUACAUCGUGAGCACGGGCGACGAGACCCCCGGCCCGGCCCACACCGGGCGGGAGGCCGUGCUCCCCGACGGCGGCCUGCACAUCCAGGGCGCCCUGCCGGGGCACUCGGGCACCUACAUCCUGCAGACUCUCAACAGGCAGCUUCAGACGGAGGUGGGCUACGGACACUUGCAGGUCUAUGAGAUGCUGGCCCAGCCCGUGGUCAUGGCCAACAGCACGGCCCUGGUGGAGCGCCGGGACACCCUGCGCCUGGUGUGCAGCAGCCCCAGCCCCGCUGAGGUCCGCUGGUUCUUCAACGGCGAGGCCCUGCCCAUCGCCAUCCGCCUCGGCCAGUCCCCGGAUGGCCGGGCGCUGACCCGGCAUGGCGUCCGCAGAGAGGAGGCUGGCGCCUACCAGUGUGAGGUCUGGAACCCGGUCAGUGUCAGCCGCAGCGAGCCCGUCAACCUGACCGUGUACUAUGGCCCGGAGCGCGUGGCCAUCCUCCAGGACUCUACCACCCGCACGGGCUGCACCAUCAAACUGGACUUCAACACGUCCCUCACCUUGUGGUGCGUGUCCCAGUCCUGCCCAGAGCCCGAGUAUGUGUGGGCCUUCAAUGGGCGGGCCCUCAAGAACGGGCAAGACCACCUCAACAUCAGUAGCAUGACGGCGGCCCAGGAGGGCACGUACACGUGUAUCGCUAAGAACCCCAAGACCCUGCUUUCCGGAUCUGCCUCAGUGGUGAUCAAGCUCUCCGCGGCAGCAGCCGCCAUGACAGUCGUGCCCGUGCCGACCAGACCGACGGAGGGCCAGGAUGUGACACUGACCGUACUGGGCUACCCCAAGGACCUGCUGGUCUAUGCCUGGUACCGCGGGCCUGCCUCCGAGCCCAACCGGCUGCUCAGCCAGCUGCCAUCAGGGAACUGGAUCGCGGGCCCCGCGCACACGGGCCGGGAGGUGGGCUUCGCCAACUGCUCCCUGCUGGUGCAGAAGCUGAACCUCACCGAUGCCGGCCGCUACACGCUCAAGACCGUCACGGUGCAGGGCAAGACCGAGACCCUGGAAGUGGAGCUGCAGGUGGCCCUCAACCUCCCUCCCCUGCAUGAGGACCAACGCCACCUUCCUGAACCUGAACCUGGCACAGGCUGAGCGCGGGGAGGGCGGGGC